GAGCCUUAUAGACGCCAUUGUUCCAGUUUUUUUCUCCGCGACAUCCUGCACUGUUUUCCUGAACGAUUUUUGCUUCUUUUAAAAUGGUGGAAGUCAUUAGAUUAAACGAUCAAAAGUUUUACAAACAAAGACUCUUCGGAUUUCUAACGAAAUUCACAAGUACUUCAUGUACUAUCAAGACUUUAAAAUUAAAUGGACGCUACCGCGCAACGUUAACGGUGUUUGGAGAAGAGGAGAGUUACAUAGGCGAGCAAAGUAAUCGCAGAGCUGCGGAAAUAAAUGCCUGCAUCAGAUACAUCAACCAAAAUGUUGUAAACCAAGAAAUGACUUGGUCCUUCGCACCAGGACAUCGGUUCCUGGAAUUAAAAAACCGGAUUUCGACCGGACUUGAACUUUAUGGGAACUACCACCCACAGGUGGUUGUCCGGGAGCUGGAAAGAUGGUACCCGGAUCUAAAAUGGGAUAUUUUUCCCAAAGGAAAAGCAGAAAGUUAUAGUUGUAACUUGCAAAUCCGUCCAUAUGGAAGCGUGUAUGUGGUGGAGGAAACGGGAAACACAAAGAUGGAGGCCAACAUUUCAUCUUUUAUGAAAAUGGCCAAAAAACUCUUCGACAUUGGAGACCUUCCACCAUAUUCACCGGACAAUAUGGUGGAAGACAUGGAACUACGUCCAGUCUUGCUAUACCGGCCGGCUGUCUUGAAGGUUCUACAUAGCCGGGCAGGUAUUUCAACAAAAUGAGCAUAGGGUGUCCUGUCUACCUGCCUCAGAGAUGACGGCAGGCCCAGUUUUCCCUUUUUAAGUGUUUUAUUGCGUAUUCUUGAUUUUAUCCCCGCGUGUACAUUCUGUAUUUAUUUUAUUUCGUGUGUGCAAAUACACAGGGCAAUACUCGGCAUCCGAGUUACGCCCUAUUUUAUUAAAAAAAAUAUGCUGCUGCUUGUUGUGGAGUGGAAACGCAAGAUAUCAUCGACAGCUUGAAAAAUUUUGCAAACUGAUGUCCCUGAUAGAAUCAUAAAAUUCAUAAGCGGAAGGCAAUGUUAGGAACGGAGAGAGAUGCGACGUGACCGUCACUAUA